UUUUUUUUUUUUUUUUUUUUUCCUUUUCCGUCUUCCCUUCCACCUCGCGCCUCAUCUCGGUGUUUUUGCACCCACAGUGGCGUUCCAUCGCCGUGGCCAACCCGCAGGGGUAUACACAACGACCGGCACCCGCGCCUCGUCGUCCAGCACAUCCCCCGCCGUGUGGUGGCGGUGCACCGCGAAAAAGCCAACUGACAUCGCGUCGCAGUCGUGAGCCACUGCUUGCCUCAGCAGCAGUCGUUACCUCGACCGCUCCGUACCUACUACCUUUUUCGUUUGCCACGUGGAAGGAAAAAUAAAAUAAUAUGCCGUCCCCGAUGCAAGCCCUCGGCGAGGUCGUCGUCUUUCUGCUGCUGUCGGCCAUGGCCAUCGUCGAGUCGAUCGUCAGGUGGCUCACGCCGAGCAAGUACAAGAUGAAGAGCGUGGCUGGUGAAAUCGCCCUCGUCACCGGGGGUGGGAGCGGCCUCGGCAGACUCGUGUCGCUCAAACUUGCCGAGCUCGGUGCGAUAGUCGUCGUCUGGGACAUCAAUGCCAAAGGCCUGAACGAGACCCUGGAGAUGAUCAAGCAAGCGGGGGGCACGUGUCACGGCUACGUCUGCGAUCUCUGCGACAGAGAGGACGUCUACAGGAAAGCCGCUGUGCUGAACAAGGAAGUCGGACGAGUGUCGAUUCUCGUGAACAAUGCGGGUAUCGUGGUGGCCAAGAGGUUCCUUGAGACGCCGGACAACAUGCUCGUCAAAACUAUGGAAGUCAACGUCAUCAGUCACUUUUGGACGGUGAAGGCCUUCCUGCCGGCUAUGCUUAAGGCGAACAAGGGCCACAUCGUGAGCAUAGCCAGCGUAGCGGGCCACGUCGGGUGUCCCAAGCUCGUCGACUACACGGCCUCCAAGUUCGCUGCGGUUGGCUUUGACGAGGCCCUUCGCGUCGAGCUCGAGACCGACGGCUACAACAACAUCAAAACAACUGCCAUCUGUCCGUACUUCAUACGUAGCACAGGGAUGUUCGACAGCGUGAUGGCCAGAAUGGCCGGUCUAUUAGAAUUCAGAUACAUUCCUACUCUGACUCCCGAAGAAGUCGCGAAUCGCGUGAUCGAAGCGAUGCGGUGCAACGAGAGAAUCGCCUUCAUUCCAGGAUACUUCAAGGCACUGAUAAUCGCAAGAAUGCUAUUCCCGUGGAAGUGCUCGACUAUGCUGAUGAACGGCCUCGUCUCGGACGUGUCGCCACCGCUCGAUCUCUCAAACACCAUGACCCCCAAGAUCGAGAACCUCAACGGCAAAGAGCUGACCAACGGCACUGCCGUCCAUCAGCAGCUUGCCCGGCGCGUCUCCAACUCCGAGAGAAAGCCCUAACUCGACCUGCGCUUCCCCAUUUCUUCUUUUUCUCGUAAGCGCACUUGUCUUUUUGUCAAUGAUGGGUUAUUGGCCCCGACCUCCGUACAUUGUCGCGCUUGGCGAUCAUUUAUGAUGUUUUUUUCUAAAGAAGAAGAAGAAAAACGAAAAAAAAAAAAAAAAAAAAAGGAGGAUAAAAAAGCAAUUAUCGGGUGAACAGGGUUUUUUGUGUACGCGAUGUAUACAAACUUAUAUUUUUGUAUGAAUACGACUGGAGGGAUACCGAUACAUAAUUUUUAAAAGAUAGACGGGGAAAAAUGAUAUUUCACCGUCAGCUGGGAAAUAUGCAAUCAAUCGAAUCCAUGAUUAUACAUGUUAUAUUCGUGUCCUUCGGUAUAUUCGACCCCGUAUCCUGAUAAGGUAUUACGAUUAUUUGUAAAUUACUAAGUUUCGGGCUCUACUUUUUUAAUGCGUAAGUAUACAGGUAGUUGCGAUGAGCACGAGUAAGCUGUGUUUAUUUUAAGGAUAAUAAAUACGGAGUUUUAAAAAAGAAAGAAAACAAAAAAAAAACAAGAAUUUUUCGAGUUUACUUUUGGGUCCAAAAGUGCCAUUCUGUUCGCCUUCGAAUGAUGAUGCAUACGCGUUUGCUGCAGUUGAGUCGCUGGACGACGAACUAGCUAAAUUUGUCAACGGAUUUAUCGUCUGUUUGAAUUACCAAUUGUUUGCGGGUGAAUUUUUAUUUUCCAAAACUUGAAAAGAUUGAUGCAUUUGAAAGUUUUGGUUUACUUAUUUUCUAACUAUUCGAUUAUUUGCGAAAUUGACCUAAGUAACAGUAGUAGUAAAUUACAAACUGAAUUUAAGUCGGGAGACAUAUUAUUAUUGUGUAAGAAUUUGAAGUACAAUCAAUUGUCCGCGAGGGCACAGAAAGAGCGAAUUAAUCGUACUAUUAUUAAUUUUUAAUGGAAUUCCAUUGAUAAACUCUGGUAAGUUAAAAACCUAGCUUUUACGUAUACAAUACUUACUCUUGUAAACUUAUGCACAAUAAUUGUUACUUUUUUUUUUUUACUUUAUGUGAGUGUACUUACGUAAACGAUCGAAAUAACUUUCAAGUAAAUUUAACUGGAAUCCCAGAUGUUGUUCUCAGGUGAGAAAACGAUCUCCUAUGAAGAAACAAUUGAUAAAUAAUUAGUUCAACAUUGCCAAGAAUCACAUAAUAUAAUGUAUUUUUGUGUAGAGAUGUUAUAACUGUGUACAAAAUGUGAAUAAAUAAUCAUACGACA